AUCAAACCAGAAACAAAACAGGAGGAUCCCAGUCUGCUCCUCUUUAUGUGCAGACGAGCUGAGGAGCGCGAUGGUGGCUCGGGGUGAACGCUGCAGCUUUAGCAGCAUGCUGCUGUUUACCGGACUCGUCCUCCUGUCCGUGCUGGACGCUUUGGAUGCCAUGGACAACCAGGCCACCUUCCUCUACUUCGCCUACGGGAGCAACCUGCUUAAGGAGCGGCUACAGCUGAAAAACCCCUCAGCCCGAGUUCACUGUGUGGCCAGGCUUCAGGACUAUAAGCUGGUGUUUGGGAACCAUAAGGGUUUGGCGAGUGACCGCUGGCACGGCGGCGUGGCCACUAUCGAGCACAGCCCAGGGGACGAGGUGUGGGGGGUGGUGUGGAAGAUGAACGUGGCCGACCUGGAGAGUCUGGACAGGCAGGAGAACGUGAGGUUGGGAGCCUACAGCCCAGUGGAAGUGUCCGUGUGGACCCGUGGUCAGGAGUUAAGCUGUCGGACGUACAUCAUGAACAGCUGCGUCUACGCGCCGCCGUCGCCGCAGUACCUGAAGGUGAUAGUGUUGGGGGCGGAGCAGAACGGACUGCCGAAAGACUAUCAGGAGAAGCUGAAGGCCAUUGAAACUAACAAGUACGAGGGUCCACUGCCUGUGAUGGAGGAGGUGGAGCGAGCUCUGAAAAACUCCAAGCAGAAAAAAAAGGGUCGCUCUGAUGCUUAAGCCAACAGAGACGUCUGCUCUCAGAAAUAAUAACUGUAUAAUUAAAGAAAUACGUACAAAUAACUGUAUAAUUAUAAAGUAUCUACAGUUACAACUUGCAUGUAAAAGGAAAAAUUAAACCAGCUAAUCUAGUAACCAGUAAAGGUUCAGUUUAUGUUGUUCUGCCUGGAGAGUUUUU